CGGGCUUUGAGUUGGUGUGCGGUGUUAGGGAUCGGGGUGGCUGAGGGCCAGAGUGGAAGGGGUUACUGAGAACCUGGGAUGUGGAUGGAGGUGGGGUGGGGUGCGGGACAAACCCAUGAACCGUAAAGGGGAUGAGGAACGUGACCUGGGUUCAAGCCCCAUCAGCGUCGUCGGUUUAUUCUGCUUUAAUGUUUCCAGGAGACUGCACCCUUGGCCUUCCCUCCCACCCAGGUUUUGCUUCCUUCUGGUUUAGGGAAGAGGGUGUGUGUCAUAACUCUUUUCCCAGGCUGGCAUUUUGAGGCGGGCACUCUGAUGAGCUGAUAGGCCUACAAGGGUGGGUAGAAGACCACAUUUCUCUCCAGUUUGGCGGGUAUUGUCAGAGGCAUCCUUACCACCUGGAAAAAAUGUCCCCAAGGAUUGGCUCAUUGUGAGUUGAGGCCCCCGGUGAUCUUCAGCAGCUAUUGGAGGCAGAGGGCAAAAAGUUUGCUGAAAGGUCAUACUGGUUCUCCAGCCCUUGGACCCCUGCCGCGCUGUCCAGGCAGAGUAGCAAUAGGUGCUCCAUGUCACAGCAGAGAAAGUGCUGGAGGCAUUGGAUUGUCAACAUUGUUAUGAAGAGAUUGGGAAAUAGUGGCAUGUGACCAUGCUUGCCCUUCUAGUGUCAUACAUCCGGCAACUUUGUAAACCAAAAACCAGGUGAAGUCAGUAGAAAUAGCAGAGCCACCACAGUGUGCAUGGGCUUGAGCUGUGGAACUUUUCACCUUGCACUUGCUGAGAUCCAGCUGCUGACCUAAUGAGACUCCCCCGUGGGAGACUAGGUAGAGAAGGUACAGAGGAUUCUGAGGGUCAUUACUGGCUAAGAGCUGUUAUGAUACUGGGUUUAUUUGCAGAGUCCUCUUUGGUCCUCUGUGGUCCUAUGAGAAGAUCACAGGAAGUAGAUGAAACACACCCAGGGCCGGGCUCAGCCCCUGGGAGAGCAGGGCCGUGGAAAGGGCCCUGCCUCUUCCAGUUAUUUGGAUUCUUCCUUUGAAUAUAAAAUUGAAGAGACUUGGGGGUGGGGAUGGGGAGUAAUGUGCAGAUUUGUGCUUCUUCCUUGGAUUCCCGGGAGCUAGUUGGCAGGGAAGAGCUGUUAGGCAUACUCCAACCAGUUUAUUUUCUUCAAUAAACAUCUGGUAGAGAUUGGAAUUGGAGACUGAAUAGAGAACUGAACUCUUGCUACUCAGAAUUCUGAUUCCGUGUGCAGUGGUUACCCUGAGAGAAAACGUCAGGUCUUAGAACUGAAGUAUGGCUGCCCUGCUGACACAUUUGGAAAUGGCCUUGCGUGCUCUCGUGUAGGCAGGACGGUGGUCGUGUGAUUUUGCCGAGGAUAAAGGCCCCCUGCUGUCCCUGGACACCAUGAACGCCAUCGUCGCUCUCUGUCACUUCUGCGAGCUCCAUGGCCCCCGCACUCUCUUUUGCACCGAAGUUCUGCACGCCCCGCUUCCUCAGGGCGCUGGGAAUGGGGACAGCUCUGGCCAGGGCGAACAGGCCGAGGAGGAGGAAGGUGGCAUUCAGAUGAGUAGUCGGAUCCGUGCUCACAGCCCAGCCGAAGGGGCCAGUGCGGAGUCCAGCAGCCCGGGGCCCAAAAAGUCGGACAUGUGCGAGGGCUGCCGGUCACUUGCCUCGGGGCAUCCUGGCUAUAUCAGCCAUGAUAAAGAGACCUCGAUUAAGUACGUCAGUCACCAGCACCCCAACCACCCCCAGCUCUUCAGCAUCGUCCGCCAGGCCUGCGUGCGGAGCUUGAGCUGUGAGGUGUGCCCUGGCCGCGAAGGCCCCAUCUUCUUUGGGGAUGAGCAGCAUGGUUUCGUGUUCAGCCACACCUUCUUCAUCAAAGACAGCCUGGCCCGGGGCUUCCAGCGCUGGUACAGCAUCAUUGCCAUCAUGAUGGACCGGAUUUACCUCAUCAACUCCUGGCCCUUCCUGCUUGGGAAGAUCCGAGGGAUCAUUGACGAGCUGCAGGGCAAGGCACUCAAGGUAUUUGAGGCAGAACAGUUCGGAUGCCCGCAGCGUGCCCAGAGGAUGAACACGGCCUUUACGCCAUUCCUGCACCAAAGGAAUGGUAACGCCGCUCGUUCGCUGACAUCCUUGACAAGCGAUGACAACUUGUGGGCGUGCCUUCACACCUCCUUUGCUUGGCUCCUGAAAGCGUGCGGCAGCCGGCUGACUGAGAAGCUCCUGGAGGGCGCGCCCACGGAGGACACCUUGGUCCAGAUGGAGAAGCUUGCGGACUUAGAAGAGGAGUCUGAAAGCUGGGACAACUCUGAGGCUGAGGAGGAGGAGAAAGCCCCUGUCGCGCCGGCUGGUGCAGAAGGGCGGGAGCUGACCAAAUGCCCCACAGAUUCUUCCCCGCUCUCAGACUGUGGGAACUGGCAGCCCCGAAAGGCGUCUGUGUUUAAGUCCCUUCGCCACAUGAGGCAGGUCCUGGGUGCCUCGUCUUUUCGCAUGUUGGCCUGGCAUGUUCUCAUGGGGAAUCAAGUGAUCUGGAAAAGCAGAGACGCAGACCUUGUCCAGUCAGCUUUUGAAGUUCUUCGGACUAUGCUGCCAGUGGGCUGUGUCCGCAUCAUCCCUUACAGCAACCAGUACGAGGAGGCCUAUCGGUGCAACUUCCUGGGGCUCAGCCCCCACGUGCAGAUCCCCUCCCACGUGCUGUCCUCAGAAUUUGCUGUGGUCGUGGAGGCCCAUACAGCCCCUCGCUCCAGCCUCCACCCCAUCAGGUGUGAGGAUGACCAGUCCCUCAGCAAGUACGAGUUCGUCGUGACCAGCGGAAGUCCCGUAGCCGCAGACCGAGUUGGCCCCACCAUCCUGAACAAGAUGGAAGCUGCUCUGACCAACCAGAAUCUGUCCGUGGGUGUGGUGGACCAGUGCCUCGUCUGCCUCAAGGAGGAGUGGAUGAACAAAGUGAAGGUCCUUUUUAAAUUCACCAAGGUGGACAGUCGACCCAAAGAGGACACGCAGAAGCUCCUGAGUAUCCUUGGAGCAUCCGAGGAGGACAACGUCAAGCUGCUCAAGUUCUGGAUGACAGGCCUGAGCAAGACCUACAAAUCGCACCUCAUGUCCACUGUCCGCAGCCCCACGGCCUCAGCCUCGUAAUUGAGCCCGCGUGGGAACGUGACCCCGCGUUCACUUUCGGAAAAGCGGGGUUGCCGUCUUCGCCACUGAGCCCAGAGACCGGUCUCGAAGGCAGUCAUAGACCGCUCCUGUUUCUCAGCAGGCGUGGGGCUGUUUCCUAGCAAGCAGUGGAAACUGUUGCAGCUGAACUUUGCCCUCCGCGUGGGAUUUGGGCCUGAUGCAGUUUUCGGCACCAUUCCACCAGCUGGUUGAACUGCUCUAGCCCUGAAGAGGGCUCGGGGACACUUGGGACACCAGGUCCCCUGUGUGUGUGCACCCGUGAGAGAUGAUUAAGGACAAGAUGCAUCUCCUGUCUCUCAAGGAUUUAGAUCUCAGAAUUUAUAGGGAAAACACGGUAGGCCAGUCUCAAUUUGGGUAUUUUGGCUGCAGUAAAAAACCUUUCUCAAGGUUAAUGUUUGAAGGUUUCUGAUCUGAAAUCUAAGACUUUUCCAGGUUUUAUAUGUCUGUAUGUUUUGCUCCAGUUGUGACUUUUCAGGACAUGUGCUGAUCCUCAGUCAUUGUUAGUAAUCUGGUUUUGAGCUCUGGGAGUGGCUUUUGGGGCGGAAUGGAUGUUUUCCUCAUCUUUAGGCUCUCUGGCAUUCGUGUUCCAGAGUCAUGUGACUCGCAAGGCUUCUGGCCAUGCUCUCAGGUGGUUGCUUUGACAUUUCCCUGUAGCUUGAGGACAAGCUUCUGAUCUUUUUUACACAAAGAUGAUACUUUGCUGAAACGUCAGAUAGAGCCAUCGGUCCUGCCUGACUCCCUGGAUGUGGCGUUGAGGGUCCACCACGGUCCUCUUGCACGUCAUUUAGCCCUUUAUUGCUUCUUUAAACAUUUAUAUUUGGCAGCAGGUAACAGUUUUCAGAAUAUGCUGAUUUAAGAUCGUCUUCUCAUCCCUUUAAUAAGGAUUCAUGGCUUGGAGUGGUUUUCCGGCAGUUUUGCUGAUUUGUUUAUAGUUUUCUGUGUUUGCUUAAUUUAUAUUUAACAUGGAGACUAAGUCUAUAUGACUAGGUAUCUAUCACGCAAGAACAAUGAAACACAAUAAAGAUGUAUUUUUUUAAACCGUUGA